CCUAAAAACAUAUAAAUUUCAAGUAACACACGGAAUCAAGUUUGGUCAAAUGAAAUUCUUGGUGGCAUUCGUGCUUCUAUUUUUUUAUACUAUAAAUGUAGAAGGAACAGAAGUCGAUACACAAGCCAUAUCUCUUUCUGGGAGCUCGGCCGCAGGAUUUGUAAUUGGGGCAGGGCUAAUUGGAAUGCUAUACUUUUCAGUGAAGAUGCUUGAGGGUAUUCAGAUUUCCAAUUCAAGCGAUUUAUCAGAGGACUGAAGUAGACUUUUGUACUCUGAAUGGCUUUUAGAGCUGCAGUUGAUGUGUAGUGUGUCUUUUUUCCACCGAAAACUUCCACACAGCAUUCAAAAUAUUAAAUAAAUGAAAAAUAAGUUUAAUGAAUUAGCGAUUUUUUCCUUUUCAAAUUCUUUUUACCCUCCUUUUUGCAAUGAUAAAAGCUAUAGUUGAGUAUGUCAUGAACGACGAGGUAAUCAAUAUAUUGCUGGACUACAGUGUCGCUAGGACUAUUUCCCGUCAUGCUAUUGUGGUGUAUCAUUUGCUAACUAGCAUUGCAACGGUUUCAUAUACUUCCAAAACGAUUGCAUGCGCAUGCCUACUGUACGCCUUAAAGGAGCGUAACAAAACGCAUUUAGUGAGUAAUUUGAGGGAGCUCCGUGGCUCAUGCAAUGAUUGCGAAGUGGUGGCAUUGGAACUGUUUUUGACACAAACAAUACGCAGAAAGAUUCUUUUGAUUGAAGGAUGUAUUCGUUUGUCAUUAAGAAAGCUUGUUGAUUUGCAUCCAGAAUUGAGCAAAUUUAAAGAGGAUUUGGUUCUGAUUGCCCUUCUACUCGCUGAAAGACUUUACCGAAAAAGUUACUGCCUCUUGCCAGAAAGUGCUGCUAUGGCAACAUUAAUUGCCGCUUGCAAUUUACUUGCUCUUAGCCCGGAAGGCUUAUCUGACAAGCUACAGACGCAGCAAGUUUCUGAAAUGGUAAGUUUCUUGUCUGCUACUGUAUAA